GCUUCCCCAUAUACGAGGAAGAAGUGAAUCAUAACUCACGAGGAGGAGUCGCAGCCUACAGCCACAUCCAGUGUGUGAACGCCGACAACAGAGCACCCACACCUGAGUGCAGCUUCAUCCUCUAGUUUGAGAUUCUAUAUCACAGUUCGUUUAGCGCUUCCGCUUGUUUCUUGAUUUUUUUUUUGCUAGUUUUUUUUCCCUGGAUGAUACUUUAAUAAGAAAAAUAGAUACUUUUUUCAACUGAGGUGAGAAAAAGAGCGCGUGGUUAACUUUGAGGUACAAGCACGCGCGUAGAUGGCUGCCCUGAUCAGCGCGUACUCGUCGUGGCCGGAGUCCUUCGAGUGUUCCGCGGGGGACGCCGACGACGGCUCGGCCGACGGACACGGCGCCCACAACAGGACUCCGGCGGAGAAGGCGUCGGAGCCGCGCAUCAGACGGCCCAUGAACGCUUUCAUGGUGUGGGCGAAAGAUGAGCGCAAACGCCUGGCUGUCCAGAACCCGGAUCUGCACAACGCAGAGCUCAGCAAGAUGUUAGGCAAGUCGUGGAAGGCCCUGACCCCUCUGGAGAAGAGGCCGUACGUGGAGGAGGCCGAGCGGCUGCGGGUGCAGCACAUGCAGGACUACCCCAACUACAAGUACCGGCCGCGGCGCAAGAAGCAGCUGAAGAGGAUCUGCAAGCGCGUGGACCCCGGCUUCCUGCUGAGCGGCCUGGCUCCCGACCAGAACGCCCUGCCGGACCACCGGCUGCUCUGCCACCCGCACCAGGACAAGGACGAUGGGGGACUUCACGGCGGCGCGGGGGGCUUCCCGUCCCAGGGCUCGGUGCUGCCCGGGGUGCGCUCCUUCAGGGACGCGGCCGGGAGCAGCAGCAGCAGCAGCUUCGACACCUACCCCUACGGCCUGCCCACCCCUCCGGAGAUGUCCCCCCUGGACGCCAUGGAGCACGAGCAGCACCUCCCCCUGUCGUACUACCCGGCGCCCGGCCGCCAGGGCUCCUCCUCCUCCGGCGGCGACGACCGGAGGCAGAACCCGAACCAGGCCCCCUCCCACAUGGGCAGCCCGCCCCCCUACCACACCGACUACACCCAGGCCCAGUACCACUGCGGGGGGCCGCACCUGAGCCACCUGCCCCCCCACCACAUGUCCCAAACGAGCGGCGGCGGUGGUUCCACCCUCCUCACCGGACCCCCGUUGUCCUACUACACCACCACCUCCCCCCCCCCCUCCUCCUCCUCCUCCGCCUCCUCCCCUUCCUCUUCCUCCUCCUCCACUUUCUCCCAGCUGCACCACCAGGGGCACCCCCACCACCAGGGGCAACCCCACCUCCACCAGCUCCACCACCACCACCACCACCACCUCCAGCACCACCAGCACCACCAGCACCACACCCUGGGACAGUUGUCCCCGCCGCCCGAGUCCCACGGCGGGAACCUAGAGACCCUGGACCAGCUGAGCCAGGUGGAGCUGCUGGGCGAGGUGGACCGGGACGAGUUCGACCAGUACCUCAACUCCAACGGCGGCGGCUUCCUCCACCUUGAGCACCCGGGCGCCACCAUGACGGUGACGGGACACAUUCAGCUGGCGCCGUCCUCCGUCGCCGCGGCCGCCGUGGUCGCCGUGUGUCCCAGCAACGGCGGUGGCGGCGGCAGCGGCAGCAGCAGCAGCAGCAGCAGCAGCAGCAGUAGCAGUAGUAGCGGCAGCAUCGUCACGGAAACCAGCCUCAUAUCGGUGCUCGCCGAUGCCACGGCGGCGUACUAUAACAACUACGGGAUCUCGUGAUCUGUCGUUGAUGAUGCGGUAACCAUGGCUACCCCUUGUGUGACCGGCUGACAGACAGUUGAGAAGAUGGGAGGGGUUUAGGACACUGCCGGCCGGGGAUGCUGGUAGGAUGAAGUUGCUCUUCAAUGUUGCUGUUCAGAAGCUCUUCUUCUUCUUCUUCUUCUUCUUCUUCUUCUUCUUCUUCUUCUUCUUCUUCUUCUUCUUCUUAAUCUUCUUCUUCUUCUUCUUCUCCUUCUCCUUCUCCUUCUCCUUCUCCUUCUCCUUCUUCUUCCUCUUCUACUUCCUCUUCUUCUAAUUUUUCAUCAUAGAGAAGUAAGAGAAGUUUCAUGGUAAUUCCAGUCGGCCUAUCUAUGGGCCACUUCAUCCUACCGACACCAAAGACCAGAGCCCGGGUGAGCUACAUGGGAACCGAGGAGAACGAAGGUCGAGGACAACGAAAGAACGUACAAAGAGACACGUAUGUGGACACCUCAGGGAUGAACACACUGAACACUACAGCAUGUCGCUUUCAAUUGUCUUGAAACUUUCAAAAAUCUGAACCACAAUCUGUAGGACCUGCUGGUAAAAUAAAUUUAAUGUACAAUUCCUUAUCCUUACUGUUUCCACGGAGGCAUGUAAAGAUGCUGUUUGAAAAAAAAAAAAGAUGUUGUAUUUAAGUACUUUGAUGUUCCACAUAAUGCUUACUGUAAUGCUAUAAUCAGUUCUUUCUGUUUGGUUGUUUGUUGCGGGAUGUUCCUGCUCUUGUUGUGGGAGUCUUACCUCAGUAGUUUGUAAUUUAACGAGGGAUUAGCCGGACACUUCUUAUGCAAUUCUUCGCCCCCCCAAAAAAUCGUCUAUAAUGAGGAAAAAAGGCAUUUAUACUACUUAAUAAUAUAUAAUCAAAUUAUUUGCAAUGGAAAAAAAUAAUAAUGUCUAUAAAUGUAUGCUUAUUUAGGUUUGUAAAAGAAACUUAAUUUAAAAUAAAGUUCCACUUUUAUUUUGAUGUACUUCCCACGUGAUUAAUGUCGGCACUCAGACACAAAGGCAUCCGUCAAAACAUUUAUUGGUGGCUUGUCCUUAAUUCACACUCGUCUGUAUAUCAGUAGAAGAUAAAGUCAUCUGGUUUUGUCAUGAGGCAACGCAAUUCAGAAUAAAGACAAAAGGUAAAAUACAAAAAUAACUUCCUUGUUUGUAUAAUUUUUUACACUGCAGCUUUUCAGUGGUUCCGUCUAGAAAAACAGAAUAGUAAAAGACUCCGGAGUCUGUUGGUCUCUAACCGUAAAACACGUGCGUGAGGUUAUUUAGGUGUGCCAUUACUAACCGUUCUAUUUCGGGUGUUUUUACAGAACAUGUCACAGUGAGCGGCCCUUUACCGGCAC